AUUGGCACAGAUUCAUUUGGGUGUUGAGCUGUUGUCUUCUUUGAAAGCUACAUAAUGGCAGCCAAGUCAAUCAUCUUCACCUUUGACUAUGAUUAUUUGAAUGAUACCAUCCACGACAAUCAAACACCCUAUGUUCCGGAUCCAAAGAUGAUACCAUGUGAGAUAAAACCGCUGGCUCCUACAGCAGCUGUGACGCUGUGUCUCGUCCUCAUAGUCAUCUUUUUCCUGGCAAUAACAGGGAACCUGCUAGUGGGGUUGGUGAUCGGCACUAGCAGACAGGCCCUGACUUCAUCGGAUGUGUACUUGUUUCACCUGACAAUUGCAGAUGGUCUGAUGGCCCUAACCAUCCCGUUCUGGGCUGUAGCACUCACUAAUGGAUGGAUCUUUGGAGACUUCAUGUGCAAGCUCCUCAGCCUCAUCAUCGAAGCAAACUUCUACACCAGCAUUCUCUUCCUGGCCUGCAUUAGCAUCGAUCGUUAUCUUGUGAUCGUGCACGCCAGCGAGAGUCUAAGGACUCGUCAGAGGAUGUGCAGCCGGCUCCUGUGUGCAGCAGUGUGGGCCUUUGGUUGGGCCCUCGCUCUGCCUGCACUUUUCAACGAUGCUUUCAAGCCAGACCCUGACAAAGAGAGGAUGAUUUGCUCUGAAAGCUUUGACAUCGGCAGUGCCUCCUCGUGGAGGAGUGCCACUCGCGGGUUCCGCCAUAUUUUUGGUUUCAUGCUUCCUCUGAUUGUCAUGAUAACCUGCUACAGCAUCACCAUCGCAAGGCUGCUGCACACUCGCGGGUUCCAGAAGCACCGCGCCAUGAAGGUGAUCAUAGCUGUGGUGAUUGUGUUUCUGCUGUGCUGGACGCCGUACCACAUAACCAUGAUGGUGGACACACUCCUGAGAGCUGAUCUGAUACCGUUUGACUGUGCUUUCAGGAGAUCAAUGAACUUGGCUUUGGUUAUAACCUACAGCCUGGCCUUGUUCCACAGCUGCAUCAACCCGGUCCUCUAUGCCUUUGUGGGAGAGAAGUUCAGGAACAAUAUGAUGCGACUUCUUCAGAGGAAAUCCCGACAGGAGAGGGUGUCGGUGUCAAAGAUCAGCAGGUCAACAUCUCAGACCUCAGAGAGCAACGGAACUGUUCUCUGAAGCCUCAGUGGACUUUAAAAAAUAAUGUUUAGCAUUUUUUAUUGUCCCUUGUCUCUCACUAAGGGUUAGGGUUAGGGGUUAGGGGUUAGCCUAACCCUAACCCUAAAUCAGAGAGGAAGUAAUUUCCAUCUGAAGUCUGAAAAUCUGUAAUAUAUUGAGUGUCACACAUUCUCUGCUUUUAAUUUGUGGUGCACUGCUGCCAUCUAUUGAAUUUACUGUUGUCUGCAUCCACUAUGGACAGCUGUAACCCUCAAAGCCAAUCAAAACUAUGUUCAUUUUUUGUAUUGAUUUCCAUUUUUCUUGCUGAAGAGUGGACCGACAUUUGGAUUUAGGAUAUGAUUUCAAUGUUAUCUUGGAGGACAUGUAUUUUAAAUACACAGGAGGAAUUCAACCCUUCACUAUGUCAGUACUUCUAUCAUCCUGCUGAUGUUUCUGUGUUUAUUUAUAUUCCCUAUAAGGUUUGUAUACGCUGUAAAUACUGUUCAUCAUUACAAAUAAAAGGCUUUGCAAUCCUUCCUA